GCGGCUUUGUGCAAAGGCGGGUCUCGGGGCUUCCCAUGGCCGAGUACGACCGGGGAGGAGGCGCCGCCGGUGGGACCCUGCCCACGUCCCCCGGUCCUGCCCUGGUCACCAAGGGCGUCCUGAAAGCCGGUGGAGUGUCCGGUGCCGGGGAAGGCGGCGGCGGCGGCGGAGGAGGAGGAGGAGGUCGCCUCGGCCACCGCGGGCGGGCGCGCUAUGACAGCGGCGGGGUUUCCAACGGAGAUUGCAACCUCGGCGGCGGAGGAGGCGACGACGAAGCCCGGGCCAGUCCUAUCAGGGAACCCCCCCGAGGAGGAGUUGUCACGCUCGCUCAGACCCCCAACCUGGCGUCUUCCUGUCCCCUCCUCCUCCUCCCCCGGGAAGGCAAACCACCCCCACCACCCGGAGGCCUGCCCCGAAGGAGCAGCAUCAUUAAGGAUGGCACCAAACAGAAAAGAGAACGAAAGAAGACAGUGUCGUUCAGCAGCAUGCCGACAGAGAAGAAGAUCAGCAGCGCCAGUGACUGCAUCAACUCCAUGGUGGAGGGCUCAGAACUCAAAAAGGUCCGCUCCAACUCCAGAAUUUACCAUCGCUAUUUCCUGCUGGACGCCGACAUGCAAAGCCUGAGGUGGGAGCCAUCUAAGAAGGAUUCUGAGAAAGCCAAGAUUGAUAUCAAAUCUAUCAAGGAAGUGAGAACAGGGAAAAACACAGACAUCUUUCGCAGCAAUGGCAUCUCUGACCAGAUAUCUGAAGAUUGUGCAUUUUCAGUCAUCUAUGGAGAGAAUUAUGAGUCACUUGAUCUGGUGGCUAACUCUGCGGAUGUUGCUAACAUAUGGGUGACGGGACUCAGAUACCUAAUUUCUUAUGGGAAACAUACGCUUGAUAUGUUAGAAAGUAGCCAAGACAACAUGAGGACUUCUUGGAUUUCUCAGAUGUUUAGUGAAGUGGAUGUAGACAAUCUUGGGCAUAUAACUCUGUGUAAUGCUGUGCAGUGCAUCAGAAACCUCAAUCCUGGUUUAAAAACAAGCAAAAUUGAGCUGAAGUUCAAGGAAUUGCAUAAGUCAAAGGACAAAGCGGGUACUGAAGUCACAAAGGAAGAAUUUAUCGAAGUCUUCCAUGAGCUUUGUACUAGACCUGAAAUUUAUUUCCUUUUAGUUCAGUUUUCAAGCAAUAAAGAAUUCCUAGAUACCAAGGACCUUAUGAUGUUUCUUGAGGCAGAACAGGGUGUGGCACAUAUAAAUGAAGAAAUAAGCCUUGAAAUUAUUCACAACUAUGAGCCAUCCAAAGAAGGACAGGAGAAGGGCUGGCUCUCAAUUGAUGGGUUUACCAAUUACCUGAUGUCACCUGACUGUUAUAUAUUUGAUCCGGAACACAAGAAGGUCUGUCAGGAUAUGAAACAACCUCUAUCUCAUUACUUUAUAAACUCAUCUCAUAAUACAUACUUAAUAGAGGAUCAGUUCCGGGGUCCCUCCGACAUCACAGGAUAUAUUCGAGCUCUUAAAAUGGGUUGCCGGAGUGUUGAGUUAGAUGUAUGGGAUGGGCCAGAUAAUGAACCUGUGAUUUACACAGGCCACACUAUGACCUCUCAGAUAGUGUUCCGUAGUGUCAUUGAUAUCAUUAACAAGUAUGCAUUCUUUGCUUCCGAAUAUCCCCUUAUCUUGUGUUUAGAAAACCACUGUUCUAUCAAACAACAGAAGGUAAUGGUUCAACACAUGAAGAAAAUUUUAGGAGACAAGCUGUAUACAACAUUACCCAAUGUGGAAGAAUCCUAUCUCCCAUCCCCAGAUGUUCUGAAAGGCAAAAUACUGAUCAAAGCAAAGAAGCUGUCUUCAAAUUGCUCUGGAGUGGAGGGAGAUGUUACUGAUGAAGAUGAGGGCGCAGAAAUGUCCCAGCGGAUGGGGAAAGAGAAUGUGGAGCAACCCAACCAUGUGCCUGUGAAGCGAUUUCAGCUGUGCAAAGAACUGUCUGAGCUGGUCAGCAUCUGUAAGUCAGUCCAGUUCAAAGAAUUUCAGGUGUCAUUUCAGGUUCAGAAAUACUGGGAAGUAUGUUCAUUUAAUGAAGUGCUUGCCAGCAGGUAUGCCAAUGAAAACCCUGGGGAUUUUGUAAAUUACAACAAGCGUUUUCUUGCCCGGGUCUUUCCUAGUCCAAUGAGAAUUGACUCUAGUAACAUGAAUCCCCAAGAUUUCUGGAAAUGUGGGUGUCAAAUUGUCGCCAUGAACUUUCAGACGCCAGGGCUGAUGAUGGACCUGAACAUUGGCUGGUUUCGGCAGAACGGAAACUGUGGCUACGUCCUUCGGCCAGCCAUCAUGAGGGAAGAGGUCUCCUUCUUCAGUGCCAACACGAAGGACUCUGUGCCUGGUGUCUCACCUCAGCUGCUUCAUAUCAAAAUUAUUAGUGGCCAGAACUUUCCCAAGCCCAAAGGGUCAGGUGCCAAAGGUGAUGUGGUGGAUCCCUAUGUCUAUGUGGAAAUCCAUGGAAUCCCCGCUGACUGCGCAGAGCAAAGGACAAAAACUGUGAACCAGAAUGGAGAUGCCCCGAUUUUUGAUGAAAGCUUUGAAUUUCAAAUUAACCUCCCUGAACUGGCAAUGGUGCGCUUCGUCGUGCUGGAUGACGACUACAUCGGGGACGAGUUCAUCGGCCAGUACACGAUCCCUUUUGAAUGCUUACAGACGGGCUACCGCCACGUGCCCCUGCAGUCCCUGACUGGAGAGGUCCUCGCGCAUGCUUCCUUGUUUGUCCACGUGGCCAUCACUAACCGUAGAGGAGGAGGGAAGCCCCAUAAAAGGGGUCUUUCUGUGAGAAAAGGGAAAAAGUCCAGGGAAUACGCAUCUCUCCGAACACUAUGGAUUAAAACAGUAGAUGAAGUGUUCAAGAAUGCCCAGCCCCCGAUACGAGAUGCCACAGACCUGAGAGAGAACAUGCAGAAUGCAGUGGUGUCGUUCAAGGAGCUAUGUGGUCUCUCCUCAGUGGCCAAUCUCAUGCAGUGCAUGCUGGCAGUGUCCCCCCGCUUCCUGGGGCCUGACAACACACCGCUGGUGGUCCUGAAUCUCAGCGAGCCCUAUCCCACCAUGGAGCUGCAGGCCAUCGUGCCUGAGGUCCUGAAGAAGAUUGUAACGACAUACGACACGAUGAUCCAGUCCCUCAAGGCAUUGCUUGAAAAUGCAGAUGCUGUGUAUGAAAAGAUUGUGCACUGUCAGAAAGCAGCCAUGGAAUUCCAUGAACAUUUGCACAGCAUAGGCACCAAGGAGGGCCUGAAGGAACGAAAACUGCAGAAAGCCGUGGAGAGCUUCACUUGGAACAUCACCAUCUUAAAGGGACAAGCAGAUCUUCUGAAAUAUGCUAAGAAUGAGACUUUGGAGAACUUGAAGCAAAUCCAUUAUGCUGCUGUUUCCUGUGGACUAAAUAAACCAGGCACAGAAAAUGCCGAGGCCCAGAAGCCUCGUCGGAGCCUGGAAGUCAUCCCCGAGAAAGCAAGUGAUGAGACUGGAGAAUAAGGGAACCCAGUGUCACCAUGGGGUUGAUAACUCUAGGACCAACUGUCACCAAACGAAACAUCUGCUUCCCACUCAACAAUGAGAACUAUAGGUGGGUUUUCAAGCACAACUGGAAUAGCUAACUGCAGUCUUAACAAAACUGUGAAUGUAUGUAGCAAUCCUCUGUGUGAAGGCAAAUAAACUCUUUAAGAAGACAUUAUAUCCCUGGACAAAAUAUGCUAUAUUUGUAAACAAAAACAUCCUAACUGAGCUCCAGUGUAAAAACAGUUGAUUCACUCUGGUUCUGUUGAGAAGCGUGUCCUAGGUGAGCAGCUUCUCAAGGUGGAUGUGGAUUGGAUUGUUAAAUUCGUAUUUAUUGGUGAAAUCUAACUUGCACAUGUUAUUUCCAUGUGGUUGCCAGAAUCUCUGGUCUAGAGGAUUUCAGUGGCAUGCUUGCUGAGCCGUAGUCACUAAGAGAAUGUAAGUUGACAGCUUCCCUGAAUCCCAGGGCCACGGAGAGCCAUCAAGGACCAGGAGAAUGUGCAACUGGACUUCAGCUACCUGGUUGAAGACAUACUGUGUCGGCACCAGGCCUGGGAUGGAAGUGACACCUUGUAAAUAGUUUUUCAUUGUAUGAAGUAGUGUUCACAUUAAAGAGCUGUUUUAUGAUA